AGCAGGUUGAGUGACUGAUUAGUUUCUGUAAUAUCGAAUGAAAACGCAGGAUCAGAAUAACUAGCUAGUUAGCGGUUUACUGACGAUGGACUAGAGAGGCCGAGUACAAGCACGUUCUGUCUCACGUUACUCAUGGUAGCUAACUGGCUGACUGAAUCGUCCCAUUUAUAAUCUCAAAAUCACCGGAGUGAAUUUGCCAAAUAUUCGGUAGACGUAUGUUACGGAACUAACCCGUCAACUGUCGUACAAGCUCCACCGGCAUCAAACCAUUACGCAAGCUGUUAGGUGUCCCGAUGGCGACAGACAUUGUUGCGCAGUUGGCCGACUCUCUGGCCAAGACUGGAGUAGAGGAAGGAGAGCUGAGCUACAAAGACCAGGGAAGAAAGCUGAACGAUGCCCAGUCAGUGGAGGACAUGGUGAAGGAGAUCCAGGACUUUGAGGGUUUGCAGGCUUUGAGGCUAGGGGGGAACACUGUGGGUGUGGAGGCAGCAAAGGCAAUCGCCAAGGCCCUGGAGGCAAAGAGCGAGUUCAAGCGCUGUUACUGGAGUGACAUGUUCACAGGCCGCCUGCGCUCUGAGAUCCCACCAGCCUUGAAUUCACUGGGGGAUGCUCUGAUGCUGGCCGGUGCCAGGUUGACUGUUUUAGACCUCAGUGAUAAUGCCUUUGGACCUGAUGGGAUAAAGGGGAUCGAGACGUUGCUGAAAAGCGCCACCUGCUACACACUGCAGGAGCUACGGCUCAACAACUGUGGCAUGGGCAUUGGAGGGGGCAAGAUCUUGGCUAACUCAUUGAUCCAGUGCCAUAAACAUUCCAGUGCAGCGGGUGCCCCCCUCAGCCUGAAGGUGUUUGUUGCAGGGAGGAACCGCCUGGAGAACGAUGGAGCCACUGCCCUCGCUCAGGCCUUCCAGCUGAUGGGCAGCUUGGAGGAGGUUCACAUGCCCCAGAAUGGUAUCACUCACCCUGGUGUGACGGCUCUGGCCACAGCCAUGCAGCACAACACAGGACUCCGCAUCCUCAACCUCAAUGACAACACCUUUACUGAGAAGGGGGCUAUUGCCAUGGCUCAGGCCCUAAAACACCUCCACAGUAUCCAGGUGAUAAACUUUGGAGACUGUCUGGUGCGGCCAGCAGGAGCCAAGGCUAUUGCAGAAAGUGUAGCAGAGGGACUUCCAAUCCUCAUGGAACUUAACCUGUCAUUUGGCGAGAUCACGGAGGAAGCUGCUCUGGCUGUGGCACAAGCAGUGAAGGACAAGGACCAGCUGAAGAAACUGGACCUAAACGGUAACUGUCUGGGUGACGAUGGCUGCAAAGCUCUGAAAGACGCCAUGGACUGCAUGAACAUGGCCGACGUUUUAGGAUCACUCAGUGAUGAUGAAGGUGAUCCAGAAGAUGAUGACGACGAUGAUGACGACGAUGAUGAUGAUGAGGAUGAUGAUGAGGAAGUGGAGGAAGAAUUAGAGGAGGAGGAAGAGGAAGAAGAGGAAGAGGAAACCAGUGGCAACCAGAUGUCCACCCCUGCAUCAGCACCCCGACCACCAGAAAUCUCCUCCUUCCUCAGCUUCCCCUCCCCAGACAAACUGCUAAAACUGGGCGCCAAGAGAGCGUUGCUGGUCGAGCAGCAGGUGGAUGUGUCGGAUGCUAAACAAACAGCCGAAGCCUUUCUCAAGAUUGCAUCUGUGUACAAGGAGGAGAACAACGAUGUGAAGAAUGCAGUGUUAGAAUGUGUUGAUGCCAUUCUGAAGAAAGCUUUUGACACGCCUUCCUUCCAAAGCUACAACUUUGUAUCAUGUUUGUUAGUGCUGCUCGGACUCAUCAAGAGUGAGGACAAGGUGAAGCCUGUGCUCGUGGUCCCCGGCUACCUCCAUGCCUUGGAGCAUGUUGUUCAACAGGACUACUUCCCCAAAGAGAACGUGGCCGUGUUGGAGGCCUUCAUGUCCCGAGGCAGUAAAUCUCUGGAGUCAUGUGGAAAUGCCAGAAGCAGACUCCAGUCGACACUGCGGAGAGUCCGAGCUGAGAGCUGAGGACUGUGGACACACACACACACACACACACACACACACACACUCGCGCAAACUGAACUCCAAAUCUGAAGCAAACAAAGCAGAGCAGCUCUUGAGAAGCAGCUCUUGAGAAGACACACUCAAACGCACCUCACUGUCCUCGCUGUCCUCCUCCAGUUCAACAACACCCUUCUUCUGGACUUGAAUGUUUUGUUUUUGAAGUAGACCGUUCUUGUGAGGUGGAACUAAUCGAAGUGUGCGCUCAUAUAUCCACGGGACCGCACUGACAACUCCACGCUCCUUGUUUUGUGCUGGAUCAGAAAAGCCCUCACUCUGCACUUGUAGUCGGUCGGAGUAACUUUGGUGCAAACUGGAAAAGUUCUGACCAGGACCGAACUGAACUCGAAGCUGUUUUCUACUUCAUAUGUUCAUUUUCUGUUCUGUUGUUUUAUACUAAAUGUUUAUUAUAAAAUAUGGUCAAAUGACAAUGUUAGAUAUGUAUUGAAUGAUAAAGUUUAUCUGUUAUAAGACUGUAAAGUACAAUCAAACAGUCACAAGGGAAAAAAAUCAUUUUAAAUGUUAAUUUCUGCCUUUAAAGACAAAUUGCAGAGUUUUUGGACUGGUGUUGCAACAAUAAAGCUGAUUUGGGUGUUGGA